GCGCAAUUCUCCCCACCUCCUCCCGCGGGGUUACAAGUUGUCGCGAGACGCCCCUGUUUUAUUCCUACGUAAUGUGCCGUGCUGCUUAUGGCGGCGCUGGUGAUAGUGCUGUGAGCUGUUGGGUAUGAAGUGAAACAGAACAGAAACUACCACCUGAAACUGCUGCUUCAAGUUCAGAUCAGUCAAGGAACAUCUGCCACAAUCGUAACCGACAAGACCAAAGAAGAGAACUUGCGCUAAAGACACAACACUUGAUCUGAAACAAGAAGUUUGUGCCUACUCAACAGCUUCACAAGAGCACUUCCCAACGCUGCUAUUAGUCUUUGUUUUAUUCUCAGCGCUGCACUUUGCAACCGCCAAGUGCAGCGGGUGUCGUCUUUCUUAGCUCGAUAGGUCAUUUUUCUCUCACUAUCUAUCAACACUAGUAACUUUCAACCUUCUGAAUCGUGUGCUGACCGAAAGCUCAAUAAAUACUACUGAAAGUGCAAUACUUGGAUUUCUCAGCAAGCAUUAUAAAAUUAAAUUGAAACAGGCGUAGGAAUAUGGCAAGCACCUGGAAAGAAUUUGUUGAAUUUCCCAUGCCGUCUUCUCCCCCUACUGCAUACGUUAGUGCCAACCUGGGCAAUGCAUCUCCAGUCGGAACUGGCUUUAUCACCUUAUGGCCGAUCACUGUUUGUGAUGGAGAAGCUUUAUACUAUGCCUUCAGAAACCCUCACCCCUCCUGUCGCAGGGUCUAUCACUUAUACCUCUACGUCAUGUGGGUCUAAAAAGCAGAAGAGGACCCCAUUGUAUCAACGAUCUAUGAGCUUUGACCCAAACCUUCUCCACAACAAUGGCCAUAAUGGGUACCCAAAUGGUACUUCAGAUCUGCGUGAAACGGGCGUUAUAGAAAAACUGCUGACAUCCUAUGGCUUUAUUCAGUGUUCAGAACGUCAGGCAAGACUCUUCUUUCACUGUUCACAAUAUAAUGGAAACCUUCAAGAGCUCAAAGUGGGAGAUGAUGUGGAAUUUGAAGUGUCAUCUGACAGAAGAACUGGUAAACCAAUUGCAGUCAAGUUAGUAAAGAUAAAACCGGAAAUUAUGCCUGAAGAAAGAAUAAAUGGACAGGUUGUUUGUGCUGUGCCUCACAACUUGGAAAGCAAGUCUCCAGCUGCUCCUGGUCAGAGCCCCUCCGGAAGUGUAUGCUACGAGCGUAAUGGGGAGGUGUUUUAUCUAACUUACACACCUGAAGACGUGGAUGGUAAUGUUCAACUUGAAACUGGAGACAAAAUAAGUUUUAUAAUUGAAACUAAUAAACAUACCGGUGCUGUUAGUGCUCGUAACAUUAUGCUGAUGAUGAAGAGGAAGCAAAUGCGCUGCCAAGGAGUGGUUUGUGCUAUGAAGAGCCCAGGCCGGUCCGUCACAUGCAGUCUUCCGUCACUUCCUAAUGAUCCUUUACCUGGACGUAUUAAAGUAGACUUUGUGAUACCUAAAGAGCUCCCAUUUGGGGACAAAGACACAAAGUCAAAGGUGACCCUUUUGGAAGGGGAUAGAGUAAGAUUCAACAUCUCCACUGACCGCCGUGACAAAUUAGAACGUGCAACAAAUAUAGAAGUUCUCCCCGAUACCUUUCAGUACACCGAUGAGUCAAGAGAAAUGGGUGUGAUUGCAGCAAUGAGGGAUGGGUUUGGUUUUAUAAAAUGUGUUGAUCGGGAUGCCCGAAUGUUCUUUCACUUCAGUGAAGUCUUGGAUGGAAACCAGCUCCACAUUUCUGAUGAAGUUGAGUUUACUGUUGUCCCUGAUGUUCUAUCUGCUCAGAGAAAUCAUGCCAUAAGAAUUAAAAAGCUCCCUAAGGGCACAGUCUCAUUUCAUACUCAGUCAGAUCAUCGUUUUGUUGGUAUUAUAGAAAAAGAAGCCAUCAGUACCAACACAAAAUCAAGCAGUCCCAACAAAGGCAAGGAAAAGGAGUGUGAAGAAGGUAUCAUCUCAUACGAAGAUUGUGGAAUCCGACUGACAGUGUCUUACCAUCUUAAGGAUAUUGAAGGAUCAUCUGCUCCACAGCUUGGAGACAAAGUUGAGUUUAGCAUUUGCGAAGCCAAAAGAACUGGUCAACAGAGCGCAGUUUCAAUGAAAGUUCUUGGUCGGAACUCCAACUCAAAACGAUUUUUUGGUUUUGUGGCCACCCUGAAAGAUAAUUUUGGAUUCAUCGAAACGGCAAACCAUGAUAAAGAAAUAUUCUUUCAUUACAGUGAGUAUUCCGGUGAUGUGGAUAAACUUGAACUGGGAGACAUGGUUGAAUACUGCUUGUCAAAAGGAAAGGGCAACAAGGUCAGCGCUGAUAGAGUUUCAAAGGUACAUCAAGUUAAUGGAGAAAAUGACGACGUGGAUCCAAUGGUGUACUGGGGUAAAGUAAUCAGACCCCUUAGGAGCGUUGACCCUACACAGACUGAAUAUCAGGGCAUGAUUGAGCUUUUAGAAGAGGAUAAGCAGAACAUAACAGAGGAAACUCCUGAAGAAGCUGAGAAUGCAGAAAAUGAGACCAGCAUGGAGUCCAGUAAACCAGCUGACAUGAAAGGCAGUCUUAUCCCUUUUGGCAUUGUGGGGAUGUGCAAUAAAGCAGAUUGCUUACAGAAAGGAGAAACUGUCAAGUUUCAGAUGUGUGUUCUGGGUCAGAAUGGACAGACAAUGGCUUGUAACAUUGAGCCUCUCCGCAGGGGUACUGUGGAAUGUGUGAAAGAUCAGUUUGGUUUUAUAAACUAUGAAGUAGGUGACAGCAAAAAGCUUUUCUUCCACGUGAAGGAGAUCCAGGAUGGUAUUGAUCUACAGUCUGGGGAUGAAGUAGAAUUUUCAGUGAUUCUUAAUCAGCGUUCUGGGAAAUGCAGUGCCUGUAAUGUUAAGCUUUUGAGCAAAGGUCCAGAAUUGGUAGCAGCCCCUCGUCCUGACAGAUUAGUAAGCCGGUUAAAGAGCAUAACCCUUGAUGAUGCCAGUGCUCCCCGUCUCAUGGUACUACGUCAGCCAAAAGGUCCAGAUAACACAAAGGGAUUUGGUGUAGAGAGAAAGAUCCGUCAAACUGGAGCCAUCGACUAAGUUCCAUCUACAUAAGCACAUUACCUAAUAAAGUAUGAUCAAACUUGGGCAUGGUGAAGAUCAUCAACAUCUCUUCGCUGUCCAUAAAUUCUGAGAAUAUUAUACUGUUGUAACGGAUUUAUCAAUUUUAACACCUUCCAUCUUAUGUUCUAGCCAGGAAAGUUAAGAAACAGACCUUUUUAAAUUAUGCACAAUUGUAAAGGAGUUAAGUGGAAGCCUUAUGCUAUGUCUUGUUUUUUUUUCUUUUUUUUUCUUUAAGAAACUAUUUUUGAAUGGUGCAUUUUUCCCACAUCAAAUUUGAAAACCUUGUGAAUUAAUCUGCACUUGAUACUGUUUAGCAUAUAUUCUACCUCUGUACUGCAGAUUGUUAUUCUUUGAUUUACUUGGCAUUUUCCUUUUUGUUAAACAAUUUUGUGCUUUUGGGAGCUUUUUUUUUUUUUUUUUCUUUUUUCCAAGAGGACCACAUAGUAAAAGGUGGAAUAUAUCCUUUACAGGGAUCUCUUAACUUGUAGAUGCUUUGAAGUCCAUUUCAAUAAUCUAAUGGCUGCUAAUAGUUCACUUCAAUCCAAAAAUGAAAUAUUUUACUGUUAUCAAAUGCGAUGACCAUAAGCUGUUUGUUUUGGCAAAAAAAAAUUGACUAGAGUUUUUUUUUUUUUAUGUGUUUAAUGUAUGGCUUUGAAGAUGCAGAAUUCCACAAGGCGUGAUAUGUGCCAUCAGAUAUAUACAUAUAUAUAAAUAUAUAUAUAUAUAUAUAUAUAUAUUAACCCCCCUUAACUGCUUCUUUACUGUGGUGGCAGAUUAUAAAUGUUUAAAGGAAAAAUGUGCCUGAAAUUCUCCCCCCAUAUACAUCCACUCUAAACAAAAAACAAAAAAAAUCUUUGGGCAGUUAAUAGCUGUAUUGAUAUUGCAUCAAUGUGAAUACGUUAUGUUGGCAUCUGUAUAUUUCCAGCCCCCCAUCCCUCCAUCUACCAUUUUUGCAUCAUCCCAUUCAUUUCCUGUCUGCUAUUCACUUAAUUUUAUUGUCCCCACCCUUCCCCUACCCGUUUUCAAGCAAAGAAAAAUAAUUUGGUCAAAGUAUUUUAAACCAGAAAUAUCUAUCUCCUUUUGUUUGAGGGAAGAGGUUUUUUGUUUUUUUUUUUUCCAUUUUUGUUUUUACCUCUGACUCUUAAAAUUUCUUUUGGAGACUUGCAAUACCUUUAUAAAACACAGAAACUUGGCUCCAAUUUUUCUGUUUAAAUGGCAAAAAAAUGAAAAUAGAAUAAAGUUUUACCAAUUAAUUUUGAA